ACCAAUGAGUUUACUAGUGAAUUUAAAGUCUACUGCAUACUGUACAAGUACUAUAUUUGCCGGCUCCAAUAAUACAAACACUGGCACCAUUAAUUGAUUUAAGGAAAUUGAUGUGUACUCCAUGUGGCAAUAAUUCGCCCUCAUGCACCAGUAUAGGAUAGCAGCUUGCAAAAGCUUGAAAGCCGUGGACGACAAAGCCAACUAUCAUCUUGAUACAUCUCAGAUUGAGUCUGAUAUAAGCCUGCCUGACCUGUGGUCCGAGAUCAGUGCAAAUGAACCCUCUGUCACUACUGAAAAGCAAUGCGAAGAUCUUCUCCUCGUGGAGGCAGUCUUGAGGGCUACCAGGCAGCCCGGUUUAUUACAAAGGGAAGAUCGAGAAGCGGCAAGAUUCCUGACAUUCUGGACUGCCCGCGCUGUGCUACCAAAUGAAGAUGUUACUGUUUUAUGGGAAAACGCGCAGCUUGCCGAUAACGAAGACUCAAAACGCUCACAACCCGGAACAUACAAAUUGGCCCGACUAAAAUCAAGUGUUGGAGUAUCGGUUUUAGGACUUCUCAAUUUGAUUAGCCCUAUCGAAAACCUUGAAGACGAGGAUGCAAUUGAUGUCAUCGCCUCCCUAGCCGCCUUCACGUGCAGGAAGGACCCUUGGACGACGGAGCGUGCAUUCAAUGAGUCCUCAACUAUUCUUCAAAACUAUGAGUCAUGCCUUGGCUCAGGGACGAGAGGAGAGUUGGCUGCUAUUCAGGAAGAUAUUCUUAGAAAGAAAAUAAAGCCAUUGUUUUCGAAGACGAAGACGCCCGCGGUGACAGCUGCAGGCAGAAAAAAUGUCCACCCUCUUCCACAACCAAGAUUUGACCCGAGCAUUUUUGACCCAGAGUCCAAGCCGUGGAAGCUUAGAGAUGUGUACCUGAUUACGGUACUUUCUUGGGUUAUUGGAAGAUAUUCGCCAUCUGACAAACUCGCACUUGAAUCGCAAUUCCCUCUCCUUGUCCCAGCAAUCCUAUCCUUAAUAGAUGACGAAACCCUCUCAUUCAAGGCCAAGGGCUGCGAGUUGCUGUCGAAAUUCCUAGCUCCCCUUGAACAGUCAAACUCAGAUAUACUCCAGCGCACAAACCUGGAUUCAGUAUUCCAAGACGCUCUUAACCCUUGCCUGCUCUCCCUUCCUACAAUCACACCUGAGCCUGAAUCCAUUCAUCUUCUCCAAUAUGCCUACCCAGCACUUCACGCCGUAAUCCGCACUCGUUUCCCUUCACCCCUACUCCAACCUACAUCAACACCACUAAGACCCACCCAAUCCAGACCGAAACUAGAUUCCGAAUCUCAAAAGCGUGUGGAAUCUCUCACUAACCUCCUGCGCCACGGCAUCCUUCACUCUUAUCACCACACCAGCAACCCUCGCCCGAUUGAAAACACCUCAAUAUCCUCGUAUCCAUAUCCCCGCCUCUCUACCCUCCUUCUCUUCCAGCUCCCACCGGUCCUCUCGGAGUUAGGUAUCCACACCACCAAGCAUCUCCAAGAUCUCGUUCCGAUGAUUUCAGCCACAUUGUCCAACCCGUUUGGAACAGUAUUCCCGCCACUUCUUGCUGCGGCGGUUGAAGCGACAAGAAUGCUAGUCUUGAACGCAUGGCCGAGAAUUUGGAGGUGGCGGGCAGAGAUACUAGGCGGGUUGUGUGCCUGUUGGUUGCAUAUCUGUGAUGGUUUGGUAGAUAUAGGGAUAGGCACUGGGGGCGACAAUGGCAGUGGACAGAAGGCAGAGUUACUUCAGCUACAGGGUGGGCUUAAGGUCGUAGUUGCAGUAGUAAGGAUUGCGAUCGAGGAGUGCGUGGGUCCGGCUAUGGAGGAGACUGGUAAUGAAAUAGGAGAACAGGGUGGAGACAAGGGAGGGAAGGGACAAGUUAUUGAUGUUGAUAGUGAAUUUGGAAAGUUGGUUCAAGGGGAUACGAGGUUGAGUGGUCUGCUGAUCGAUAAUGAGUAUUUUGAUAGCAAAGAGGGGUAACAAUUCACUUCGCUCCGACAAUUGCGUGAUAUUUGUCUCAACAAUUUUCCUUUCGUUAAAACAAUAUUAAAUUUUUGAAGCUAUGGAGUCUAACACCUAUGUCCUCCAAGAUCAACAAGUGUAGGGUAUAAAUGUAUCGUCAUGGGAUAUUAUCCAAUUAGUUAAACGAUGAAAACGCAAGAGAGAAAUGUACGCCACAGUACAGACAGCGCACCCUCAUAACCAUGAGCUGAGACAAAGAACUACGUAUCACGAAUCAACUCGCUGCUUGAACAGGCUCUUUCCUCUCAACCACUGCCGAUAACGCUUGUACCCUUUUCUUAUCGUGGUCCUCUGCUAUGACUGUCAAUCCUUCCUCACUCACAUUGACAAACUCAAGAUAGUCUGGCAAAUUAUCCUCCGCUAAUAAGUCCAAGUUAGCAUCGUCGAGUGUGAAUUUAUUGGCAUAUUCGAAAGGUCAAGGGUUUGAUCCACGCUCCGCCAGCGAAGCCGGCAGCCAGCGUGUCCUCUGAGGUCACGACAAGGGGGACUUUGAGAGGGUGAUUGAUGUAGCGUUCGUACUCUUCUGCCUCCACAGCGGAGACUGAUGGGUGGAGUGAUUCGUAGACUAGCUCGUCCAGACUCCAUUGGAUGAGUUGUGCUUUACUAGGAGCAUGUGAGUUGUUGGCCAUAUAGGUUUCUGGGCUGUCGGAAGUUUCGAAACGGGGUGCUUUCAUGAUACCGGUCUGGGGCGGGUGUUUCUCGGCAGAGGGAGGUUGCUGGAGCCAGUUCUGGAUAGGUUUAGAGACAGCUGAUGAGUCGACGAAGGAGUUCAUGGAGCGUGCGUCUUCGCUUUGGAUAUCUGAUGGUUCUUGGAUGGUGACGCCUUUUCGGCGGGAUGGUUUCUUCUCACGACCAUCGGGUUCGUUAACCACACGCACGACAAAUGGACUGAAG